UUAAAAAAUUCAGUCUCUCAGUCACUCCAGUCACCCUUUUGAGUACCUAGUAACUACCACACUGAGUUGCCAGCCACCUUGUGCAGCUGUACAGAGAGGACAUUUCCAUCCGUGUAGAAAGUUCCACUGGGCAGCACUGGUCUUGAUGGGUGCGAAAGUAUCUGUAAGUGAAACCAGCCCCUGAGGGAAGGAUGAGGGUCUGCAGUCUGGUUGGCCUUUCCUGCCAUGCUUUCAUGCAGAUUUGGAAGAGACUGGAGAGCUGUAGCCCCAUCUCUUGACAGUGAGACCCCUGGGGAGGCUGAAGAAUGGUGUCACUAAGUAGUGCACUGUCCAGGUGAAGUUAGAGCUGGGGCACCGUGCCCAACUGCGCAAGAAGCCCACCACGGAGGGGUUCACCCACGACUGGAUGGUGUUUGUUCGUGGCCCAGAGCAAUGUGAAAUCCAGCACUUCGUGGAGAAGGUGAUCUUCCGGCUGCACGACAGCUUCCCCAAACCCAAACGUGUGUGCAAGGAGCCCCCCUACAAAGUGGAGGAGUCGGGGUACGCUGGCUUCAUCAUGCCCAUCGAGGUGUACUUCAAAAACAAGGAGGAGCCGAGGAAGGUGUGCUUCACCUACGACCUGUUCCUGAACCUGGAGGGUAACCCGCCUGUGAACCACCUGCGCUGUGAGAAACUCACCUUCAACAACCCCACCACUGAGUUCCGGUACAAGCUCCUGAUGGCUGGCGGGGUGAUGGUAAUGCCCGAAGGAGCAGAAACGGUGUCCAGGCCCAGCCCUGACUACCCCAUGUUACCCACAAUUCCACUCUCUGCCUUCUCUGACCCCAAGAAGACCAAACCAUCCCACGGCUCCAAGGAUGCCAACAAGGAAAGUAGCAAGGCCCCCAAGCCACACAAGGUGACCAAGGAGCACCGAGAACGGCCCCGCAAGGACUCGGAGAGCAAGAGCUCCUCCAAGGAGCUGGAGCGUGAGCAGGCCAAGGGCUCCAAGGAGGCUGCACGAAAGCUGGGCGAGGGCCGGCUGCCCAAGGAAGAGAAGGCCCCGCCCCCCAAGGCCGCAUUCAAGGAGCCCAAGAUGGCCCUGAAGGAGACCAAGCUGGAGAGCAUGUCCCCCAAGGGGGCACCCCAGCCCCCAGUCCUGCCCAAGGCUUCCAGCAAGCGGCCGGCUGCCGCGGACUCCCCAAAGCCCAGUGCCAAAAAGCAGAAGAAGAGCAGCUCAAAGGGGUCCCGGGGCGCCCCUAGCACCUCGCCCCGCACGUCGUCUUCCUCUUUCCCGGACAAGAAGCCACCCAAGGAUAAAAGCAGUACCAAAGGGGAGAAGAUGAAAGCCGAGAGCGAGUCCAGGGAGGCCAAGAAGGCCCUGGAGGUGGAGGAGUCCAACUCAGACGACGAGGCCUCCUUCAAAUCAGAGUCCGCCCAGUCCAGCCCGUCUAACUCCAGCUCCAGCUCGGACUCCAGCUCGGACUCGGAUUUUGAGCCCUCUCAGAAUCACAGCCAAGGACCCCUGCGCUCCAUGGUAGAGGACCUGCAGUCUGAGGAGUCCGACGAGGACGACUCUUCAUCAGGAGAGGAGGCAACCGUGAAGGCAAACCCAGGCCGGGAUUCCAGGCUGAGUUUCAGUGACAGCGAGAGCGACAACAGCGCUGACUCCUGCCUGCCUGGUCGUGAGCCCCCGCCCCCUCAGAAGCCCCCCCCACCCAACAGCAAGGCGUCAGGCCGGAGGAGCCCCGAGCCCUGCAGCAAGCCAGAGAAGAUCCUGAAGAAGGGCACCUACGACAAGGCCUACACGGACGAGCUGGUGGAGCUGCACCGGAGGCUGAUGGCACUGCGGGAGCGCAACGUGCUGCAGCAGAUCGUGAACCUGAUUGAGGAGACUGGCCACUUCAACGUCACCAACACCACCUUUGACUUUGAUCUCUUCUCUCUGGAUGAGACGACCGUCCGCAAGCUGCAGAGCUACCUGGAGGCCGUGGCCACAUGACCCUGGGCCAGCUGCCAGGCCCCCACCUCCAGGGUCCUGGGAGGCCAGGUCCAGGCCCCGCCUGCCCUCCUCUCUCUCAACCUGCCCGCCCGCAGCACUGCCUUAGUGACCGCCCUGCCCUCGGCCCUCACAGCCAGCUGCACUUUUCUGGGGGGCUUCCAGCCUGCCACCCACCACCCUGUUGGGAGCCUGGGGCCCGGGCGUCAGGCCAGUGCUGCGGCUCCCAGCCUCAUGUGCACCGUCACCGGGGCUCCCCUCGGAAAGCGGUUUAUGUUGAAGGCAGCGCCGGGCCUCGUUCCUGAAAGAGGAAGAAACUUCCAUGGAACAUGUGUGACUGAGGGGCCCUUGUCCAACCUUGGGACCAGCCCCCUGAACAAAUGGUGGCUCUGUCCCCAGCUCCAUGGGGGCUGUGUGCCACCGUUUCUCUGCCUGGGCCUCUCUGAGCAGCUGGGGCCACCUCCUCAGCCUGCCUGGGGCUUGGGAAGGCUCCGUCUGUGUCUGCGUCAGGCUGGGCCACGCUGCCCUCCGUGCCAGCCGGCACUGCGUCCUGUUGGGCCCUCACUGUGCCAGGCCUGCGUGCCGUGCAGCUCUAUGUAUAGUAUAUAUAUGUGCGCGCUGUGUGUCCGGAAGCCAUUUCCGGUGUGCAUUUCUGUGGCCGCGGUGCACAUGGGGGUGGGGGGAAGGUGGGCUUAUAGGUUAAGAUGUCUCUGUGGGUUCUUCUUGUCAGUGGCCUCCCAGGGCAUGGAGGAACCCUCCCUUUGUGGGUCCAAGGAUGCCACUGCCUCCUGCUGGGGCUCCCAGGGCCAGUGAAGGUGACCACAGGGCGGCCAGUCCUCAGGGCACUGGAGGAGCCGCCCCCCACUGGCAGCUCCUCAGGUGAGCACCCAGUCUCUGGGGUCAGACACUUGAGCCCCUGGGGUUGCUCCUCCUGUAGGAUCCUCUUCCUCCCCUUCUGUCAAUCUAGUCUUCGAACUUGGAAAAAAAAUGAGCUUUUGCCAAAUAAGACGGGAUAGUCUGUGGUUUGGAGGUGCAUGUGCACUCAGCCCGCGGCUGGGGUGUGGGCCCUGCCGGGCACAGGCCUCGGGCUCCUCUCUUCCAGCGGCUGCCUCCAGGGCUGCGAUCACGCUGGGCGCAGCCCGGAAGCUGAACUGUGCGCCUGGGAUUCUCUGAGGACCGAGCCAGUGUCCUCUCCCCGGCCCCUGCUCCCGGCGCAGGAGCCCUCGUAGUCAGCCAACUCCGCCACACCACACCCCCAGCUGUAGAGUCUGUUCCCGUGUCGCACCCUGACCACGACGUGUGAAAGGGGACUGGGGCUGGGGUGGGCCCCUGGUUCUCCAGCCGCUGGUGGCUGUCUCCUCCUCGCCUACUGAUGUUCAGAUGCAGGAGGCGCCGGGGUCCCUCGUCUUGUCCUUGCUCUGAGUCUGCCUGUCGGGCAGAUCUGAACACUCCUUGGGGGGACCCCAGCUCCCGCUCUCCUGGGGAGCUCCCCACAUUCUCGGGGAAAGACCUGAGAACUCAGAGGAAGCCUCAGUGCUGACUCCCCUGCGCUCACUGUCCCGCCCACUGCCUUCAGGAGGAGGGCAGGCCAACAAUACUCCACAGUGGGAGGCCUCCUCCUCUGGGAACCUCCAAGAUGUGGACAGGACAGACUGGCCCGCACGGGCUACCGGGAGGAUGGCAGCUGUUCAGCUCUGCGCAGAGGCGGCCAGGUCACUGGUGGGCCCUCCGCCCAGGGGCUGUUCCUUCUCCUUUGUGGAGAUUGGCCGGUUCACAUAGCAACUUGGGAAGCCCACUGCUCUGCCAGAGGGGGCGGACUUCUGCCUGCCCCCACAGCAGUGUCCAGUCCUUUCUGCAGUUCCGUGGCCUCUGGUAGCUCUGACCCAUUUCUCAGUUACCUCCUCUGACCGGAAGCCUCGCCACUGUCCUCCAGAGCUGCUCUGGGCCGGCUGGUGGCCACUGGUGGAGGUGCCGGGCAGCCAGGGCCUGACUGCAGGGUUCCCGCGGCUCCUGCCCCCGCUGGGCCCCGGGGCACCUCGACAGGAAGGGGCCCAGCGCUCUGACUGCCGCGCGUCUUGUGUUCAGCCACCUGCCCUGGUGCAGAUCCCUGUGUUUCACUUUCCUGAGCAAAAUGUAAACCGGCGCCGGAUGGCGGGAGGGUCGAAGCCCUUCUCACCCUGAGGGUUUCCACCAGACUGUCCUGAGGAACCCAGGAACUAAGGAACUGGGACACUCCAUCGGCCUGAGACCAACUCCUGGGAAAAAGAAAUGAGAAUUGUGUUUGUAACGAGUUACAGGAUUGUUUCUGUCCUGAAUUUUAAACUUUUUUUUUGUUAAAUUGUGAAAUUAUGGAGGAGUUUUAUAGAAAAAAGGUGGAAUAAAGUCAGACGGGAAAGCA